AUGAGUCAGCCACCGACCGGGGGCGCUACGCCUGCCCCUUCGGGCGCCGCCGCUGCCACGGAGGCCCGCCUGCACCCGGAGGGCAGUAGCAGAAAGCAGCAGCGGGCGCAGUCCCCCGCCAGGCCGAGGGACAGUUCGUCCCGGCAGACCGGCACGGCCAUCCGGUCCCCGGUGGGGGCAGGCACGAAACUCAAUUCUGUCCGGCAGCAACAACUGCAGCUGCAGCAGCAGCAGCAGCAGCAAAGCAACAAGACCGGGAGCCGAGCUGCGCCUACGACCAGCACGCGGGCAGGCGGAGGCGGGGCUGAGAAGGCGGCGACUCAGGCGCCCAAAGGCGCCGGAUCCGGAGCUGUCCAACCUGCGGCUGGUGCUGAAGCUCUACCCGCCGCGCCCCUGGCCGCUGUGGGCGGCAGGAGGCCAGGUCAGCCGGAAGAGUCGCCCCGCGAGCUAGAAUCAGUGCCUUCUAAACUCGGGGAACCCCCUCCGGCCCGGGAAGGAGGAGGAGGGGGAGGAGCCGGCGGAGGCCCGGGAGAAAGGGAGGGGGGCGCGCCGCCGCCGCCCAGGGGCUGGCGAGGGAAAGGCGUGCGCGCUGCGCAGAGGGGCGGCAGCGCCGGGGAGGAGGCCUCCCCUUCCCCGUCCUCCUCUUCUGCGGCCAAAGCCCCGGGUCCCAGCGGCAGAAACCUCGGCGGCAACGUCGCAGGGGGCGCCAGCAGCGGCGGAGCGAGCUACUGGAAGGAAGGAUGUCUGCAGUCUGAGCUCAUCCAGUUUCACCUGAAGAAGGAGCGGGCGGCGGCGGCGGCCGCCGCGGCUCAGAUGCACACUAAGAACGGCGGCGGCGGCAGUCACAGCCGCGGCUCGCCGGUCACCGGCGCCACUGUCGUUUGCGAGCCUCUGGCCGUGCCGUCCGCCUCUCCAAUGGCGGCGGCGGCCGAGGGCCCCCAGCAGAGUGCGGAGGGCAGCGCCAGCGGCGGGAGCAUGCAGGCAGCGGCGCCCCCUUCAUCGCAGCCGCACCCGCAGCAGCUGCAGGAGCAAGAAGACAUGCAGGAGGAGAUGGAGAAGCUUCGGGAGGAGAACGAGACUCUCAAGAACGAGAUCGAUGAGCUGAGGACCGAAAUGGAUGAGAUGAGGGACACUUUCUUCGAGGAGGAUGCCUGUCAGCUGCAGGAAAUGCGCCACGAGUUGGAGAGAGCCAACAAAAACUGCCGGAUCCUGCAGUACCGCCUCCGCAAAGCCGAGCGCAAGAGGCUCCGCUACGCGCAGACCGGCGAAAUCGAUGGGGAGUUGCUGCGCAGCCUGGAGCAGGACCUCAAGGUUGCAAAGGAUGUAUCUGUGAGACUCCACCAUGAACUGGAAAAUGUGGAAGAAAAGAGAACAACAACAGAAGAUGAAAAUGAGAAACUGAGGCAACAACUUAUAGAAGUUGAGAUUGCAAAGCAAGCAUUACAGAAUGAACUGGAAAAAAUGAAAGAGUUAUCCUUGAAAAGAAGAGGAAGCAAAGACUUACCAAAAUCUGAAAAAAAGGCUCAACAAACUCCUACAGAGGAGGACAAUGAAGAUCUGAAAUGCCAGCUGCAGUUCGUUAAGGAAGAAGCAGCGUUGAUGAGAAAGAAAAUGGCCAAGAUUGAUAAAGAAAAGGACCGAUUCGAACACGAGCUCCAGAAAUAUAGAUCCUUCUAUGGCGAUCUGGACAGUCCUUUGCCCAAGGGAGAAGCCGGAGGCCCUCCCAGCACCCGGGAAGCUGAGCUCAAGCUUCGGCUGAGGCUGGUGGAAGAAGAAGCCAACAUCUUGGGCAGGAAAAUUGUGGAACUGGAGGUGGAGAACCGAGGCCUGAAGGCAGAACUCGAUGACCUGCGGGGUGAUGACUUCAAUGGCUCAGCCAACCCCCUCAUGAGGGAGCAGAGCGAAUCCCUGUCGGAGCUGCGGCAGCACCUGCAGCUGGUGGAAGACGAGACGGAGCUACUGCGAAGGAACGUGGCCGACCUGGAGGAGCAGAACAAGCGCAUCACGGCUGAGCUCAACAAGUACAAGUACAAGUCCGGGGGCCACGAUAGCACCCGGCAUCACGACAGCGCCAAGACCGAGGCCCUGCAGGAGGAGCUCAAGGCCGCGCGCCUGCAGAUCAACGAGCUCAGCGGCAAGGUCAUGCAGCUGCAGUACGAGAACCGCGUGCUCAUGUCCAACAUGCAGCGCUAUGACCUGGCCUCGCACCUGGGCAUCCGGGGCAGCCCCCGGGACAGCGACGCCGAGAGCGAUGCCGGCAAGAAGGAGAGCGAUGACGACUCCCGGCCGCCCCACCGCAAGCGUGAGGGCCCCAUCGGUGGCGAGAGCGACUCGGAGGAGGUGCGCAACAUCCGCUGCCUCACCCCCACGCGCUCCUUCUACCCCGCGCCCGGGCCCUGGCCCAAGAGCUUCUCUGACCGGCAGCAGAUGAAAGACAUCCGCUCCGAGGCCGAGCGCCUGGGCAAGACCAUCGACCGCCUCAUCGCGGACACGAGCACCAUCAUCACCGAGGCGCGCAUUUACGUGGCCAACGGGGACCUGUUCGGACUGAUGGAUGAGGAGGACGACGGCAGCCGCAUCCGGGAGCACGAGCUGCUCUACCGCAUCAACGCGCAGAUGAAGGCCUUCCGCAAGGAGCUGCAGACCUUCAUAGACCGCCUCGAGGUGCCCAAGUCAGCCGAGGACCGCGGUGCAGAGGAGCCCAUAUCCGUGAGUCAGAUGUUCCAGCCUAUCAUUUUACUUAUUCUCAUUCUUGUAUUAUUUUCAUCACUUUCUUACACAACAAUAUUUAAACUUGUCUUCCUUUUUACACUCUUUUUUGUGCUGUAA